AUGGGUGAUCGUGAAGCUGAUGUCCCAGCCCCAAUUACUCGAGCGGAUCUGGACGCUCAAAACCAACGGAUCGACAACCUAACCACCCAAUUUGGGGAGAUGCGAGAAUUGUUGUUGCAAGCUCUUGGUGGCAACCAUAGGCGAGGAGGCAGGGAUGACGAAAGAAGAGAAGGCAGGGAUGAUAAUCAAAGAGAAGGUAGAGAUGGGGAGAGAAGAGAUAAUAGGAGGCAACUUAUUCCGGAUAGUGAGUCAGAGUCAGAAGAAGAACUUGAAGAACCACCACCACCGGCUAAUAAUCCUCGUAAUCGUAAUCGUAAUUACGAGAAUUUUGGCGACUAUCGGAUUAAAGCAGAAAUUCCUAACUUUUGGGGAAAUCUGAAGAUUGAAGACUUCUUGGAUUGGCUUGUAGAAGUGGAGAGGUUUUUCGAUAUUAUGGAGGUUCCUGAGCAUAAGAUGGUGAAGAUGGUAGCUUUCCGUCUUAAAGCUACAGCGGCUGUUUGGUGGGAUCAAUUGCAAAAUUUACGGCAGAGGCAAGGAAAGCAGCGGGUUCGAACAUGGCGGAAGAUGAAGUCGCUUAUGAUGGAACGAUUCUUGCCCACAGAUUAUGAGCAGAUUCUCUACCGUAUGUACCUAGGCUGUGCGCAAGGCACCCGUUCAGUUUCUGAAUAUACCGAAGAAUUCAUGCGUUUGGCAGAGGGAAACCAUUUGACCGAGACUGACAACCAAAAGGUCGCGAGGUACAACAAUGGGCUGAAGAUUUCCAUCCAGGAAAAAAUUGGUAUGCAGAAUAUAUGGACUUUGCAGGAGGCGAUUAACAUGGCAUUGAAGGCUGAAUUGUUGGAGAAGGAGAAACGCCAACCCAACUUCCGCAGGAACACGACGGAAGCCUCUGAAUAUACUGCUGGUGCUUCUAGUGGCUCAGGAGAUAAGGGGAAAGCACAGCAGCAGAAUCUUGGAGGAUCGACAAAACCAGCAACAGUUGGCCAAAACAAAAAUUUCAACGAAGGUAGCAGCCGGAAUUACAACAGAGGGCAGCCCCAAAACCAGUCCCAGAAUCCGUAUGCUAAGCCCAUGACGGACAUAUGUUACCGUUGCCAAAAACCAGGGCAUCGUUCUAAUGUUUGUCCAGAGCGGAAGCAGGCCAACUUUAUCGAAGAAGCCGAUGAAGAUGAGGAAAACGAUGAAGUCGGGGAAGAUGAUUAUGCAGGGGCUGAAUUUGCAGUUGAGGAAGGAAUGGAGAAGAUUACCUUGGUUUUGCAGAGAGUUCUUUUGGCACCAAAGGAGGAAGGGCAGCGUCAUAGUAUUUUUCGUUCCCUCUGCUCAAUUAAAAACAAGGUGUGUGAUGUGAUCGUCGACAAUGGAAGUUGUGAGAAUUUCGUGUCAAAGAAAUUGGUGGAGUAUUUGCAGCUAUCUACGGAGCCUCAUGUCAGCCCUUACUCACUAGGUUGGGUUAAAAAAGGCCCUUCGGUGUUGAAGUGGUUGUUGAAAAUUGGCGGAAGUGAAGGUGACAUUCCACAAGAUGUGCAGCAGAUUUUGAAUCAAUUUCAGGAACUACUUUAUGAAAAUCUGCCAAACGAGCUGCCUCCUAUGCGGGACAUACAACACCGAAUUGACUUGGUGCCUGGAGCUAGCCUUCCGAAUCUGCCCCAUUAUCGGAUGAACCCCAAGGAGAAUGACAUCCUGAGAGAACAGAUUGAAGAAUUACUGCGGAAAGGAUUUAUCCGGGAGAGUUUGAGUCCCUGCGCAGUUCCUGUUUUGCUGGUUCCAAAGAAAGACAAAACUUGGCGAAUGUGUGUUGAUAGCCGGGCAAUCAACAAGAUAACAGUCAAGUACAGGUUUCCCAUUCCACGGUUAGAAGAUAUGCUGGACGUUCUUGGCGGCUCAAGGGUGUUUUCCAAGAUAGAUUUGCGAAGCGGAUACCACCAGAUUCGCAUACGACCUGGAGACGAAUGGAAAACAGCGUUCAAGAGCAAGGACGGAUUAUUUGAAUGGUUGGUGAUGCCAUUCGGAUUGUCAAAUGCACCUAGCAUUUUCAUGCGACUCAUGAAUCAGAUGACGAGAAGAUCAAGGCAAUCCUUGACUGGCCAGCUCCAAAGACAGUUUCUGAAGUUCGAAGCUUCCAUGGCUUGGCCACCUUUUACAAAAAGAUUUGUGAAGCAUUUUAGCACCGUUGCUGCACCUAUCACAGAAUGUUUGAAGAAGGGCCGGUUCAGCUGGGGAGAGGAGCAAGAGAGAAGCUUUGCAGAAAUAAAAGAAAAGCUUUGCACCGCACCGGUUCUAGCUCUUCCAAACUUUGAGAAAGUUUUCAAAGUUGAAUGUGAUGCCAGCGGUGUGGGAGUCGGAGCUGUGCUCUCACAAGACAAGCGGCCAAUUGCGUUCUUUUCUGAAAAGUUGAGCGAUGCACGUCAAAAGUGGAGUACUUAUGACCAAGAGUUCUAUGCGGUUGUUCGAGCUUUGAAGCAAUGGGAGCACUAUCUUAUCCAGAAGGAAUUUGUUUUGUUUACAGAUCAUCAAGCGUUGAAGUAUAUUAACAGCCAGAAAAAUAUUGAUAAAAUGCAUGCUAGAUGGAUGACUUUUUUGCAGAAAUUUUCGUUCGUUAUCAAGCAUACUUCCGGCAAGACCAAUCGUGUGGCAGAUGCGCUGAGUAGGAGAGCUUCAUUAUUAGUCACGCUGACUCAAGAAGUUGUGGGGUUUGAAUGUCUGAAGGAAUUAUAUGCAGGUGACGAUGAUUUCCGGGAAAUUUGGAUUAAGUGCACUAAUCAAGAGCCAAUGGCAGAUUACUUUCUCAAUGAAGGUUAUUUGUUCAAAGGCAACCAGCUGUGUAUUCCAGUUUCUUCUUUAAGGGAGAAGCUCAUUCGGGACUUGCAUGGUGGAGGGUUGAGUGGCCACCUAGGCCGUGACAAAACAAUUGCAUUGAUGGAGGAGAGAUUUUACUGGCCACAGCUCAAACGUGAUGUUGGAACUAUUGUGCGCAAGUGCUACAUUUGUCAAACUUCGAAGGGGCAGGUACAAAACACUGGAUUAUAUAUGCCAUUACCAGUUCCUAACGAUAUUUGGCAGGAUCUUGCUAUGGAUUUUGUCCUCGGAUUGCCCCGAACACAAAAGGGAGUGGACUCUGUAUUUGUGGUGGUUGAUCGGUUCUCAAAAAUGGCGCAUUUCAUAGCCUGCAAAAAGACUGCCGAUGCAUCAAAUAUAGCCAAACUGUUUUUCAGGGAGGUUGUUCGCUUGCAUGGGGUUCCUACAUCCAUUACAUCUGAUUGUGACACCAAGUUCUUGAGUCAUUUUUGGAUCACUUUGUGGAGACUGUUUGGGACUACUUUGAAUCGUAGCAGCACUGCCCAUCCCCAAACUGAUGGCCAGACUGAGGUUACAAACCGGACAUUGGGCAAUAUGGUGCGAAGCGUCUGUGGAGAGAAGCCGAAACAAUGGGAUUAUGCAUUACCGCAGGUGGAGUUUGCAUACAACAGUGCAGUCCAUAGCGCUACUGGGAAGUCUCCAUUUUCCAUUGUUUAUACUGCUAUACCUAACCAUGUUGUAGAUUUGGUGAAACUGCCUAGAGGCCAGCAAACCAGUAUGGCAGCGAAAAAUUUGGCUGAGGAAGUGGUAGCCGUUCGAGAUGAGGAGAGGUUUCCAAUUGGCACUUACAGCAAGCUUAAACCGAAGAAAUAUGGUCCUUACAAAGUGCUCAAACGGAUCAAUGAUAAUGCCUAUGUUAUUGAGUUAUCGGAUUCCAUGGGAAUUUCCAAUAUUUUUAAUGUUGCAGAUUUAUAUGAGUUCCGUGAAGAUGAGGUUCUUUAUCCAGAUCAUAACUCGGGGUCGAGUUCUUCGGAGGUGGAGAGGACUGAUGUAGAACAGAUGGCAGAUUUUAUCGCGGUUGAGCAAGAAAAGGGACGUGGUGGGAAUUUGCAGAAUUGUCGUCCGAGCUCCGAUUAG